CGUCGCAUCUCGUUCCCACGCCCCGAAGCCGCCGCCGGCGCCUCCCCCCGCCCUCGUCGUCUCCCUCCUCCGGCUCGCGCGCCCUUCAUCAUGAUCAUCUCGAAGAAGAACCGCCGCGAGAUCUGCAAGUACCUCUUCCAUGAGGGGGUCUUGUAUGCCAAGAAGGAUUACAACCUGGCUAAGCACCCAAAGGUCGAUGUGCCGAACUUGGAGGUGAUUAAGCUCAUGCAGAGCUUCAAGUCAAAGGAGUACGUGAGGGAGACCUUCUCGUGGCAGCACUACUACUGGUACCUGACCAAUGAUGGCAUCGAGCACCUCCGCAGCUACCUCAACCUGCCAUCUGAGGUUGUGCCUAACACCCUCAAGAAGUCUGCCAAGCCCCCGUCUCGCCCAUUCGGCUCUGGCCCUCCUGGUGACCGCCCCAGAGGCCCACCUCGCUUCGAGGGUGACAGGCCCAGGUUUGGUGACAGGGAUGGUUACAGGGGAGGCCCGCGUGGUGCUCCAGGUGAUUUUGGUGGCGAGAAGGGCGGUGCUCCAGCUGAGUUCCAGCCAUCUUUUAGGGGUAGCAGACCUGGCUUUGGCCGUGGUGGCGGUGGCGCAUUCGGUGGUGGUGCAUCUUCCAUGGAGUGAACGAGUGGUGCGCACUGAAUCGCCCAAUGGCUUCUGAGAUCCAAUGCGCAUAGGGGUCGUCCUCUCCGUUGGUCUUUGAAUUAUGGGAACAAUGAGAUUUUUGUUUAUGAGCUUUGUAGCAGAGGCUGUUCUAGACAUGGCUUGUUGUGCCUUUUGUUCUGUUAUUAGGUAUCACCCUCGAAAUGAAUCUGUUGGUUGACCGAUAAUCCUUUAAAAUUUAUGAGGGCAUCUAUCAUUCAAUCAAAUUCAUCUGAGUUUUGACGCGCAAGUUUUUGAUGAAUA